UUAUUGAACUAGAUUCUAAGUGUGAGUUUAUUAUAAUUGCCUUGGUCAUUAAUUGUGUUAACCACAUCCAGUAACUCAUUUUUUUCUAGUGCCUAUAACUCUCCUCCAAAAUUCAGAUAGAAAUCCAAUUCUCCAACUCAAAGCUUCCAAACCCUCCAUGGAUUCCUCAAGAAUUUCCCUCCGUCCGCUAAAGCUCUCCGAUGCUAACGACCUCCUCGAAUGGGCCGGCGAUGAUAGAGUGACACGCCAUUCCAGGUGGAACACCAUAACAUCCAUAGAAGAAGCCUUGGCAUACAUUGAGAAGUUUGCCACACCCCAUCCAUGGUACCGGUCGAUAUGUUUGGAUGACCGUUCGAUCGGAUUCAUUUCCGUCAAGCCAGAAUCCGGCGAGGACAGAUGCCGCGCACACGUUAGCUAUGUUUUGGGAGCAGAUCAUUGGGGCAAAGGAAUAACUACAACGGCAUUGAGGAUGACCAUUUCUUUGGUGUUCAAAGAGUUCCAUGAUUUGGUGAGGCUUGAGACUGUGGUAGAAAUUGAGAAUAGCGCUUCCCAAAGGGUGCUAGAAAAGGCUGGUUUCCUAAAAGAAGGGCAUCUGAGGAAAUAUGGCUUCUCUAAAGGUGAAAUCAAAGACGUCUUUGUUUAUAGUCUCUUGUCAACUGAUAAGAUUCUGUGAUCAAAUUUAUUCCAUUUCUUUGGAAAAUGUUGGAAUUUUUCUAGUGGUAUGUUUUAUUCACACCUUUGUGAAGUUUGUUUUGCUUUGCUUUAAGUAUGAAAAAAGUGUUGUCCAACUUGUUUCUGAUGUUUGUUUAGUGUACUUGCUCACAACAUAGAUGUACUAAGUAUAAAAAUGUAUCAUCAUGGUUAAUUGAGUCUUCUACCU